GAAUCUCAUCGGUAACAGGAGGCAUCCGCGGCUGUGUUAGUAGAAAGGGAACAUCUUCAUCGGGGAUUUUCUUUUUCUUUUUCUUUGAGGGCUCAAGAAAAAGCUAGCGACACCCGUCCGAUCAUUUAGAAGAAAGAAGCCUGAAUAAUUUGCGUUUUAUCGGAUCUAACGUUAGAUCAUUAUUCAAGGACUGAUGCGGUCAUGGCAAGUCUCGGUGUCAGCUUUAUCCGAUACUCGCCGGCAACAUCUGCAGGAUAUAAAGUGAAAGAUAAACUAUAAUCGAUGUUUUAAACGGCGUAUUAAAGAACGGAUAUCUUCAUCUCUCAUCAGCUGACCACCUCUGAAUUCAUUGCAUUAGAAGAGCUACACUGGAGUUUUCCUUCAUUCGCGCAAACAGAAGCUUUUUUGGGGGGAUCCAGACAUUUACUCUUGUGUUAAAGGAGCCUAUAAGGAUCGUGGUUAAAGAGUAACGGGAUCUUGGAGAUGUCAGGCCGGCCUAGGACCACCUCAUUUGCGGAGAGCUGCAAGCCAGUGCCGCAGCCUUCAGCCUUUGGCAACAUGAAAGUCAGCAGAGAUAAAGAUGGCAGUAAAGUCACAACGGUGGCCGCGACCCCUGGUCAGGGUCCCGACAGACCUCAGGAGGUCAGCUACACGGACACAAAGGUCAUCGGGAACGGCUCGUUCGGGGUCGUGUAUCAAGCGAAGCUUUGCGACACCAGUGAGCUGGUGGCCAUAAAGAAGGUGCUGCAGGAUAAAAGGUUUAAGAAUCGUGAGUUACAAAUCAUGAGGAAGUUGGAUCACUGUAACAUCGUACGUCUGCGGUACUUCUUCUACUCCAGCGGAGACAAAAAGGAUGAGGUGUAUCUGAAUUUGGUGAUGGACUACGUGCCUGAAAACGUGUACCGAGUGGCCAGACACUACAGCAGAGCCAAGCAGAAUCUGCCCAUGGUCUAUGUGAAGCUAUACAUGUACCAGCUGUUCCGCAGCUUGGCGUACAUCCACUCGUACGGGAUCUGCCAUCGAGACAUCAAGCCGCAGAACCUCCUGCUCGACCCAGAGACAUCUGUACUCAAACUCUGUGACUUCGGAAGUGCAAAGCAGCUGGUGCGUGGUGAGCCUAAUGUUUCCUACAUCUGCUCGCGGUACUACAGAGCCCCUGAGCUCAUUUUCGGAGCCACAGACUACACUUCCAGCAUAGACAUUUGGUCGGCUGGUUGCGUACUGGCCGAGCUGCUUCUUGGACAGCCGAUUUUUCCCGGUGACAGCGGUGUCGAUCAGCUUGUUGAGAUUAUCAAGGUGCUGGGAACUCCAACACGAGAGCAGAUUCGAGAGAUGAACCCAAAUUACACUGAAUUCAAGUUUCCACAGAUAAAGGCGCACCCUUGGACUAAGGUUUUCCGGCCUCGGACCCCUCCGGAGGCAAUAGCCUUGUGUUCCCGAUUGUUGGAGUACACGCCUACAGCCCGAUUCACUCCUCUCGAGGCCUGCGCUCACACUUUCUUCGACGAGCUCCGUGAGCCCAUCCUCAAGCUCCCGAAUGGACGAGAGCGGCCCGUGUUGUUUAAUUUCACCACACAGGAGUUGUCCAGUAACCCCUCGCUGGCCACCGUACUCAUCCCUGUACAUGCUCAGAACCAGGUGGAUAACUCCGCCCAGUCUGCCACGGCUGCAACAGGUGCCAUCAGUGGACCGAACGCCAACGCUGCCUCUGCCGCCCCCAAUCCUUCAACUUGAACCCCAUCCACCGGUCAAUGGGCCAACGCUGCUGCUUAUUAGCCACGCCCACUCCCAGGAAUCAAGGGCGUGGCUAAAACGAAACGAAAAGCUCAUGGUAUGAUGGAUGGAUGCGCCAACCAAAUCUUCCCCCCAGCCACCGUCUUUAUUUUUAUUAUCAGUGUUUUAAUUUAUUCGCUCUGAAGGACAAAACGAGGGCUCAAAAACACGCCUCAGGACUGUCUGCGGUCAUGUUUGAAAAUUAUUUCUCUCUCUCUAUAUAUAUAUAGAUAUUCACACACUAUUAUAAACAGUUACACCACAUGUCUACUU